AAGACCCCGGGCCGGGAAUCGAACCCAGGACCUUCUUGCUGCAAGGCAACAGCUCUACCAACUGCGCCACUGUGCAGUCCUCAAAAGAGAAAUUAAAUGUUGCUAAUUUAAAUCAUUCAACGAGUUAUUGUAGGUUGUUAUGGGAGGAAAGAUCUCCUGUAGCAGUCUGUAUUUCAGCAAAUUUGAAGAAGCCUCUGACUGAAGAGGUUGAUCUUUCAUUGAUGUACAAUAAUAGUUCUGUAGCUUUACUAAAUCUUAUCACAUCACGUCUUUAAGUCGCUGAUUUACAAAAACAAUAACUGGAAAAGCAGGCAGUGACUUUUAAUUUAAAUAUUUCCUUUCUAUCUGUAAGCGCUCUAUCCUCAUGGUGGAACACGACGGUGGCAGCAUCAUGCUGCUUUUCUUCAGGAAAACUAUUCAAAGUUGCAGAGACGUCACUUUUAAUUCAUGACACAUUCAGAUUCCAAGGCUUUACGUUGGAAAUCUCCUGAUGAACGGUAAAUAAUUUAAGAUUAUUCAUCUGAUUCAUUCAUACUACCAACAUAUUGUCCCGUUAGUCCUAAAAUCACGACUUGCUACUUGCUCUCUGUGUCCUGUCUGGUGUGUCUGCUAACAAAUCCCCUCUUUGCAUUUCUGGUUUUUGUGUCCCGCAGCCUGUCUCUCCCAAACGCAAACACUCUUUCCAAAUCCCGGGUCAGGGCUGCUGUCGUCACUGCACUCGACGGAGCACAGGUCAACACUUUAAAACCCCCCGCAGCUUAAUUUAUCCUCACUGCGUCGUAAUAUAAACCUCAAAAUGGGCCGCACACACAUUGACACACAUUACAAGCCUGUUUAUUCUGCUCCAGAUUUAGAUAUAUGGAUAAAACAUGCAAACAAAGAGUUCAUGCUGUGUUUUGUUUUUUUGGGGUUUUUUUUGGCACAGUGUUUAUCUUUACUGGUUUCAAUCCUUGAUUGGAAAUAAUAUGUUAAUAUUUGACCCGUUUAACCUUUGGUAGGGACAUUUUAUUUUAUUUUAUGUUAAUUGCAGGCAGCGUUUUAGCAUUUGAGUCCGUUAGUGAAGAUUUCUAGUCAGUUUUCUUCUCACGAUGCUCAAUCAGUUGUUAUGUUUGUGUACAGAUUGUUUUGGUGACCACAAAUUCAUACAAACGUUACUGCUUUAAAAUGACUAUGUUUUAGGUUUUAUUAAUAUAAUAUUAGCCAAUCCAAACAUUCUGUGUGAAAAAACAAACAAAUAAGACAUGACAGAUUUAAAAAACUGAACACAACCCAUAGAUAUUGUGAUUUCUGGUAACUUUAUAGCAAUAGAAGUUUAAAUUUCAAAUAGAUUUUAAUUUCAUUAUGAUAUCAACGCCUGUAUUAACCAUUUAGUAAAGUGAUGUUAAUAUUAACAGAAUAUUGCCUUCUGUUAAUAUUAACCAGAGUAUCAUUUAUCUUGGUCUGUUUUCCAGCUUUUUAUUUCCUUCCUUUAUGAUGCCACUGCAAUGUAAUGUUUUGUUUGUUCUAUAUUUUCAUUAUGUAAAACACUCUGAACUGCCUUGUUGUUGAAAUGUGCUACACAAAUAAGCUUCCCUUGUCUAAUUCACUUCAUCUAUUCACACAGGUGCUGCAGCCGGAGCUUUAGAACGGAGCGGUGGACCGAGCGAGAAGCAUCGCGCCGCGUGUGGGACAACAAUAAGUGACAGAGCGGAGGAGAAAGUGUUCUGAACUUAUGACAACGACCUGAAGCGACUUGAUCGCUGGAGGAAGAGCUGCUGAAGAUCCAGACAGUCGAUUGGACGUCUUUUUCUGUUUCCACUGGUGACAUUUGCUGGUAAUCAGCACCAUGGGUGAAAUGGAGCAGCUGAGAAAGGAGGCAGAAAGCCUCAAAGAUCAGAUCACUGCGGCCCGUAAGGGGGUGCAGGACACCACGCUGCAGGAGGCGGCAGCGGGGAUCACUGUGGUGGGGCGCAUCCAGAUGAAGACCAGGAAGACGCUACGGGGUCACCUGGCCAAGAUCUACGCCAUGCACUGGUCCACCGACUCCAGGCUGUGUGUCAGCGCCUCACAGGAUGGAAAGCUCAUCGUGUGGGACAGCGUCACAACCAACAAGGUGAACGCCAUCCCGCUGAAGUCGUCCUGGGUGAUGACGUGUGCCUACGCGCCAUCAGGAAACCUGGUGGCAUGCGGCGGACUGGACAACAUGUGCUCCAUCUACAACCUGAAGGGGAAGGAUGGGAACGUCAAGGUGAUGCGAGAGCUGGCCGCACACACAGGUUAUCUUUCCUGCUGCCGCUUCAUCAGCGACACUGAGAUCAUCACCAGCUCAGGCGACUGCACCUGCAUACUCUGGGACAUUGAGACAGGGACCCAGAAGACUGUUUUUGCUGGACACCAAGGAGACUGCAUGUCCUUGGCCGUAGCGCCAGACUUUAAGUUUUUCAUCUCAGGAGCAUGUGACUUUACAGCGAAGCUGUGGGACAUCAGGGAGGGCACCUGCAGACAGACCUUUGGAGGCCAUGAGAGUGACGUCAAUGCCAUUGGGUUUUUUCCCAAUGGUAACGCAGUGAUAACAGGAUCAGACGAUGCCACCUGUAAACUGUUUGACUUGCGGGCUGACCAGGAGCUCAUCACCUACCAGGACUCCGGCAUCAUGUGCGGCGUCACUUCCCUGGCCCCGUCCCUGUCCGGCCGACUGAUACUGGCUGGCUAUGACGACUUCAAUGUGAACAUCUGGGACACGCUGAAGGCUGAGAGAGUCGGGGUGUUGGCCGGUCACGACAACAGAGUGAGCUGCAUUGGCGUGCCUGCAGAUGGCAUGGCCUGCUGCACGGGAUCCUGGGACAGUUUCCUCAAGAUAUGGAACUGAGGCUGUCCCUCUGCUACAAGCAGAAAGAAAGCGGUUCAUUUAUGCUUGGAAACAUGUGAAGAUUUAAAACAAGACGAGAUCAAUGGAGGCAGGAGGAGACAUAGAGUGAGAAGAGGGUAUUUUAUCUGUGCCAAGUCAUUUCUAAUGUUGGAGAAGAGGAGCGUAAUGCAAGGGUUUCCUCUUCUCCCAGUCACACUGCACUCUCACCUUCCUUCUCAUGUUCUGGCGGAAAUUAGGGUAGAACAAAAGAGUGGGCGUCCUAAUCAAAUUUCUCAUUAGUUAAUCUGCAAUUCAGAUGAAACAGAUGGCGGAUACAUAAUUUUUGGAGCAAUAUUAAGAUUACCCAAUGCGAACAGUUGCCAAAUGGAAAUGGUAGCACGCUGGAUGAGUCAGAGCUAAAAACAUGUCAAGUCACAGCCUGUGUAGAGUCACAGACGCUCCACUUAUAUGCUGUUUUAUAUGAGAAUGUAGGUUACACCAUAUGAAUAACAUGAUUUACAAUCAUUAGUUUUAGCUUCGGUAGAUCCCCUAAGUACUUAAACUUUCUUUUUAUUUUCUAAUUUUAUUUAAACUUGAGUCAAUAGUUUGCAAAUGUCUGCAUUUGUGUUUGUUUUGUAUGUGACUGAUGGACAAUAUUUAGCAGGAUUUGGGAUCAUUUUUGGCUUUAUCCCCUCAGUAAAUAGGUAAAAACUCAAAAUGACAGAUGGAUUAGUAAAAUGGUUACUUGGUGACCCGUUUAUCUCAAGUCAAAACUGUAUCAAAGCAGUAACCUUGAAUAUUUAUAUAUCUGCUUAUACAUUUAUCUUUAUAGCAGGUAGGCUCUGAAUACCGAUUAUAUACAUUUAGAUGAUAAAACUAAAAUUUCAACUACAUUCUUUUUCAAAACUUGAUCUGCACUGCAAUGUAAAUGAAUAAAUUUGGGAUUCUGCUAAACAAUUGCACAUAGUCUUAAUUUCUGACUCUCAUAAUGUUCACUGCUUUGAUAAACUGAAGUUUACGUGAGAACACACUAUCAGUUAUAUCCUUUUAUUCUCUGUAUCUGCUUGUCCUUGGAGGGUUGCACUAGUGUUCAUCUCCAGCAGUCAUUGGUCAAGAGGAAGGACACACACUGGAAAGGUCACUAGUCCAUUGAGGCAACACAGAAACACACACACACCUAAGGGGAAUUUAGGGAAACCAAUUAACCUGACAGCAAAAGUGGAUAGUCAGCACAAAAAAUAUACAUAUAAAGGGUACCACUUGUUUUAUAUAUCUGUACUAGACUGUAGUCAUCUGAAAAAAAUACUGAAGAGUGGAAAACUGUCAAGUGGGGGAUGCUGUGGUGGUGCAGGGGGAAAGCAUGAUCCACGCAUUGGUCUUAGAGCUCAUGGCAGUGGUCGCAAGUUCAAUUCCUGGCCUGGCAACAUUUGCUGCAUGUCCUUCCCUUCUCUCAUUACCCAGUUUCCUGUCGAACUUCCUUCAAAUAAAGGCCACUAGAGCCAACAAAACCUUGUAAAAAAAAAAAAAAAAAAAAGAAGCAAAGUCUAUUUAAGUGCAACUCAGCCUGUUACCUAGCAACCCCAGCGGAGCUCAGCCCAUCACCUAGCAACCCAAUGGAACUCUAGCAGGUUGGAAAAGUACUGUUUAAUUUGUGAAAAUGUUUAAGCAAACGCUCAAGAUGGAUGCAAUGUAAAACCAAGGAUGAGUACAUGAAGCACUUCAUGUCCACUGUGGAGGAUUCUGUGGCGGCGCAGACAAGUUUAUCUGCCUAAACUCUGGGAACACUGGAGUUUGUGGCAUUAAAGUUUUAAUACCUAGAGACUUACAAAAAAAAUAAAAAAUAAAAAUUCUGGUGGACCCUAAAGGGAAAAUGGGUCAACAUUGAAGAUUCAGCAGGAAAAAAAUAUACAAAACCAAAUUAAUUAUUCCCCAGACACAAAAAUCAAGAUUGUUGAUUGAGAUUGUACAGACUUGUAUGCACUCAAAUCCCUUAUAAU